UAUGUGGAUACCAGUCAGGCUGGACGUUUCGAAUCACUCUCAAUAUUUCCCCAGAUGUAAGAGCUUUUCAAUAGGUCAAAAGGGAGCAAAGAACGAGGUGGUUCACUAAGACUUGGAAAAGUAUGAAUGCUUGGAUACAUCUCGAUGCGAACAGCUUGAAGACUUGGAAGAAUGACUUGCAAGUACAAAUUCACAAUAAGCCCAAAAAUAUCUCAGCCUUAUAGAUCAAUCAUCAGGGCACCCAGACGAAGGGAUCAGUUCAGUCCCAAGGCGCUAGGUGACCGCCAUAGGAAAAGGGAAAUUGGUUGGCAAUGACCAUAAGACUAGGAGGUCCCUUUCAUCUUUAAUCCACCAGUGCUUUCCCCCCUCCCCAAACUUACCCCAGAUUGCCCCUCUCUCUACUUGCGCCAACUAUCGCAGAUCGAUCCUGACUGUUCAUACACAACAUGGAUAAACUAAGAGCGGUGGGCAAUUUUGUGGCGCCACCUCCGCUCAAGGACGCCGAGGGUCGUGAUCAAUGGCCUUCACGAACCGCAUUCAUGCUCGCAUCGCUAAGUGGUGUCAUCGGAAUGGGAAACUUCCUAAGAUAUCCAUCAACCGUGUUCAAUAAUCAUGGUUUACAAUGGUUCAUUCCUUACUUGCUGGCAUUAGUAUUCCUCGCUGUCCCAGCCCUAGCCCUGGAGUUGGCGGCAGGAAACGCGUAUCGCGGCGGUACCGUGACAGCUUUCAACAAAAUCAGUCGGCGGAUGAGAGGCACCGGUUUUGCCUUGAACUACGUUGGACUUGUUGUCAGCAUUUACUUCAUCCCCAUCAUUGCAUGGGGAAUGGUGUUCUUCCAAAAGUCGUUCAGUAGCCCGCUUCCCUGGGGCGGCAACACCGCGGACUAUUUCAUGUACGAGGUUGUUGGUUCUAUUGACCCUGAUACAUCUGGAACAUGGGUCGAUUAUCCUGGAAUCAACUUCGAUGGCCGUCUGGUUGGGUGGAAUGCGUUCCUAUUCUUCCUCGUGUGGGCCUGCAUGUUCCGCGGCACCGGCUGGACAGCGCGCAUAGUGUACUUCACCAUGGGCAUGCCUCUCAUUGUUAUCAUCAUUCUUGUCGGACGAGGCGCCUCGCUUCCUAAUGCCGGCGAUGGAAUCCGCUUGUACUUUGCGACCUGGAGAAGCGAGGUUCUUUCCGGAACCAAGAUCUGGCAAGACGCAGUCGGACAGGUAUUCUACUCUACUGGCGUCGGUUUCGGUUUUUAUACUGCGUACGCAUCUUACAACCAUCAUCACGCCAACGCUGCUCAAGAUGCGGUAAUUCUCGUCUUCACGAAUGCCUUCCUAGAAGCAACCCUCGCCUUUGCUGCGUUUGGCAUAGUCGGCUUCAUGGGUUUGACUCCCGACCCGGAAAACCCCAUGGGAAGUUACAGCUUAGGCUUUAUGACAUACCCCGAGGCUUUCGUUCAGAUGCCAGGCUCGAAUUUCUGGUCUGCGCUCUUCUUUUUUACGCUAGCUGUUGUUGGAGUUUCUUCAACUUUCGUCAUGCUCGACGCAGUUGUCACCUUGAUCAUGGACUCCGCUUUUGCCCGCGCGAAGCGCUGGUCGCGUGCUUGGGUAGUGACUGCGCUCGUCCUCAUUGUCUUCCUCCUAUCUCUACCCAACUGCACGCAAUUCGGAUAUUACUACAUGGAUGGGAUCGACCGAUGGAUUAAUAAUGUUGGAUUGGUGUUUGUCGUCUGGGCUGAGUGCGUCAGCGCCACCACAGUAUAUCGGUUCGAGGACGUUGUGGACCAGGUUGGCCUACCUGCCUUCAUCGUCUUUAACUCCGGAUUCUUCGGCGCUCAGCUUCUAAGUCUUAUCGUCGGACACACAGUCAGUCCACCGGCUGGUGCGGGUGUAGGCUUUGGAGGCUUCGUAGUCGCCUUAGUCGUAGCUGUCUUCAUGGCCAAAACUCCUACUGCUAAGGUUACUGCCAGAUUCUUUGGGAAAACCAAACACACCGCGAGUCUGUAUUACCUCGCGUUCUAUUCGGGCAACCAACUUCGUCAUGAUCUCAACUCCGUUAUUGGAGGUGGCAAAAACUGGUCACUACCAGCCAUCUGGGCGCCUCUUCUGCGCUAUUUUUCCGGUCCAAUUCUCGCCGUCAUUCUCAGUCUCGCUUACCCAGCCUUCGAAGGCCUCAAAAACGACCCUCUUCACGUUAUGGGCUUCGUUAUCGGCCAUUUCCUACUCGUGUGGAUUAUUGUCGGAUUUGUCAUGCCCAGUUGGUUGGACCCAUUCAUCGUUCCGGAGCGACGUGACGACUGGAAACAGCCCCUUGCACCAGGCUUGUUGCGUGAUACCACCGAAGGAGAAAUAGCCUCUUCUAUGGAAGCUGCCUCACCUUCUGACCUUACGGGGGAAAAGAACCACAACCCUGAAGACAAAGAUGUUGUGGACGGGACCAUGAGGAGCAAUAGUGGGAGUUCCGAUAGCCGAGAUGUCCCAGUGGACAACGUCAACCGGCUCUAG